AUGGAAAUCGAAAAGGGCACUGUAGGCAGAGAGAAGAGCCGGUACAUGUGUUUUAUUGCAUUGUUGAAGAAGAGUAAAUUGGUCACUGUGACUGGAGCUGAGGGAAUUAAAGGGACUGUAGCAGGAAAUAAAGUUAGAGAUCAAAGAGAGUACAGAUCUAACAUUCAAAUAAAAACUUUGGCAGAUGAUGUGCGUGACCGAAUUACAAGUUUCAGAAAAUCUACUGUCAAAAAAGAAAAACCUCUUAUUCAGCAUCCUAUUGAUUCUCAAGUUGCAAUGAGUGAGUUUCCAGCAGCUCAGCCAUUGUAUGAUGAACGGUCCUUGAAUUUGUCAGAAAAGGAAGUACUGGAUCUUUUUGAAAAAAUGAUGGAGGACAUGAAUCUUAAUGAAGAACGGAAAGCUCCUUUACGAAACAAAGAUUUUACCACCAAGCGUGAGAUGGUCGUUCAAUAUAUUUCUGCUACUGCCAAAUCUGGAGGGCUGAAAAACAGCAAACAUGAAUGCACCCUGUCUUCACAAGAAUAUGUUCAUGAAUUACGAUCUGGUAUUUCAGAUGAGAAACUUCUUAACUGCCUUGAAUCUCUGAGGAUUUCUUUAACCAGCAAUCCUGUCAGCUGGGUUAACAACUUUGGCCAUGAAGGUCUCGGACUCUUAUUGGAUGUGCUGGAAAAGCUUCUGGACAAGAAACAGCAAGAAAAUAUAGACAAGAAGAAUCAGUAUAAACUUAUUCAGUGCCUCAAAGCAUUUAUGAAUAAUAAGUUUGGAUUGCAAAGGAUUCUGGAAGAUGAAAGGAGCCUUUUGCUAUUGGCAAGAGCAAUUGAUCCCAAACAACCCAACAUGAUGACUGAAAUAGUAAAAAUACUUUCUGCUAUUUGCAUUGUUGGAGAAGAGAACAUUCUAGAUAAACUUUUAGGGGCAAUAACUACAGCAGCAGAAAGAAAUAAUAGGGAACGAUUUUCACCAAUUGUGGAAGGAUUAGAAAAUCAUGAAGCUUUGCAAUUACAGGUGGCCUGCAUGCAGUUUAUAAAUGCCCUUGUCACAUCGCCUUAUGAGCUUGAUUUUAGAAUACAUUUAAGAAAUGAAUUCCUACGUUCAGGACUAAAAACAAUGUUACCAGAUCUAAAAGAAAAAGAGAAUGAUGAGCUUGAUAUUCAGUUAAAAGUAUUUGAUGAGAACAAAGAAGACGACCUAACUGAAUUAUCACACCGUCUCAAUGACAUUCGAACAGAAAUGGAUGAUAUGAAUGAAGUGUAUCAUCUUCUAUAUAACAUGUUGAAGGACACUGCUGCUGAAAAUUACUUAUUAUCCAUUCUACAACAUUUUUUGCUCAUCAGAAAUGAUUAUUAUAUCAGGCCACAGUAUUACAAGAUAAUUGAGGAGUGUGUUUCACAGAUAGUGCUGCACUGCAGUGGCAUGGACCCAGAUUUCAAGUACAGGCAAAGAUUAGACAUUGAUUUCACACAUCUGAUAGAUUCUUGUGUGAACAAGGCAAAAGUGGAAGAAAGUGAACAGAAAGCAGCAGAAUUUUCAAAGAAGUUCGAUGAAGAAUUCACAGCUCGACAGGAAGCUCAAGCUGAACUUCAAAAAAGAGAAGAAAAAAUUAAAGAGCUUGAAACAGAAAUCCAACAACUUCGAACCCAGGGACAAGGACUCUCAGGUUCAUCAGGAAUUCCAGGCCCUCCUCCACCACCUCCAUUGCCAAAUACUGGGUUAUCCCCACCACCACCACCUCCACCAGCACCACCUCUGCCUGGAGGAGCUCUCCCUCCUCCUCCACCUCCUUUACCUGGAAUGACUGGUAUACCACCACCACCACCACCACUUUUGUUUGGGGGACCUGCUCCUCCAUUUCCCCCAGGCAUUCCUCCUCCCCCAGGAGCACCACUGGAUCUGCCUUAUGGGAUGAAGCAGAAAAAAAUAUAUAAACCUGAGGUACCCAUGAAGAGAAUCAACUGGUCAAAGAUUGAACCCAAAGAAUUAUCUGAGAACUGUUUCUGGUUAAAAGUUAAGGAGGAUAAAUUUGAAAAUCCUGAUCUCUUUGCAAAAUUGGCACUGAAUUUUGCUACCCAGAUAAAAGAUUGA